CCACCUUUGUAUUCUCUCCCAGAUGAACCCCCUACAAAACCACCACCAAAAUCUCUCACAACCCUUGCGGCCUUGACACAAGACACGCACAAAGGUGGGCCGUCACAAGAACACACACACACACACACACAAGGCAACAGUCUCCAUUCUCCACACCACACGACCACCAGCUCAACUCAGCUCUCACUAAACCCCAUCCACUCCUUUAUCAUCGUCUCCCUCCCUCCCUCCCUCUCCAUUCUCAGCUCAGCUGGGUCGUCCUCCCGCCAUCCAUGGCAAAUGCUUCUCUGCAAUCCUUUCUUCUCCCGCAGCACCAUUCUUUCGCCAGCAACGGCGGCAGCCAUGACGGCUCCCCGUCUGCCCUGUUCAAGCUCUCCACCAACACCGGCAGCAGCAUUUCCUUCAGGCUCCACCCCAACACCUCCCGCUCGGUGACCACAACCUCGACCACCAACUCGUCAGCUCCAACUCCAGUGGCCCCGGCAGCUGCAUCAGCAGCAGAAGAAGACUCAUCACCAGCCCCCUCCCUUGACCUCCUCAGCCGCCAGCUCGCGGCAGGGGACUACCGCCAGGCCGACGAGACCACCCGGGCGCUCAUCAUCGACCUUGCUGGCGAGUCCGCGAGGCGCCGAGGGUACGUCUUCUUCUCAGAGGUCCAGUUCAUCUCCGCCGAGGACCUUCGCGCCAUUGACGAGCUCUGGAAAGAGCACAGCAAUGGCAAGUUCGGGUACAGCGUGCAGCGGCGGCUCUGGGAGAAAUCGCAGCGCGACUUCACCCGCUUCUUCAUCAGGGUCGGCUGGAUGAAGAAGCUGGACACUGAGGUAGAGCAGUACAACUACAGGGCCUUCCCUGACGAGUUCAUGUGGGAGAUAAAGGAUGACACACCUGAGGGUCACCUGCCGCUCACCAAUGCGCUCAGGGGCACACAGCUCCUGGGGAACAUCCUCACCCACCCGGCCUUCCAGGAGGAGAACCAGCAAGACGAAGCUGCAGCUGCAGCAGAGAGUGCCACCACUGGUCAAAGCAAAGAUGAUAACAAAGGGAGGGAGAGACCAAAGUUCAUGAAAGAUUUCAAGCCUGAUUAUUCCUUUUGACCGAGGCUGACCAUAAAAGGGCAUGGGAGUUUGUGAUGCAGAGAUGCUGGCAUGGUGUAAUUGAUUUAAAAGAUCAUGUAUCCGUAGUUCUGUUUGGGUUACUGUCUUAAAACAUGCAUCAAAGAUUGUGCAAUAUAUAUUACGAAUAUAUAAUUGGUUCAGGUGUUUGGUCUGCA